AUGAGCAGCACGAGCAUAGAGAAACAGAGCUUUGUCAGAUACAAAUCGAAUAACACAAUCGAGGAUGGCGACCUCGUUGUCGUGUAUCUGAGCAGAGAGAACAUGAGCAUCAUUCGCGUCAAGGAAGGAGAAUACUUUAAUUGCAAAUUCGGCUCGUACAAGCACGCAGACAUGAUUGGACUUCAAUAUGGCACUAAACUCGGCUCCAACACCGGUCGUGGCUUCCUUUACCUCCUUCACCCAACGCCUGAGCUCUGGACUUUAGUUCUGCCUCACCGCACCCAGAUUCUGUACAUUGCUGACAUUUCCUUUGUGAUGAACUUUCUGAACCUCAAGCCGGGCAUGUCCAUGAUUGAGUCAGGAACAGGAUCAGGAUCGUUCUCACACUCGAUUGCGCGCACUCUGGCACCGACGGGACAUUUGUACACGUUUGAAUAUCACCAGGAGCGCGUCAAUGCUGCGAAGAAGGAGUUUGAGCAGCAUGGAUUAUCGGAUAUGGUAACUCUGCAGUGCAGGGACGUCUGCAAGGAUGGAUUCGGCAUGGAGAACAAGGUUGACGCCAUCUUUUUGGAUCUCCCUGCGCCAUGGGAAGCUGUUGCGUCGGCGAAAAGGGCAUUCAACCAGGAUAAGAUUGGCAAGAUCUGCACGUUCUCACCCUGCAUCGAACAGAUCUCCAGGACUGUCACUGCACUCAAUGAGCAGGGCUUUGUCGAUAUCCAGAUGUACGAAUGUUUGAUUCGGUUCAACGAGGUCCGGGUUAUUCCCAUGUGGACGAUCGACGAGGCGAUGGAGAGACAGAGGGCGAUUGAGAAGAAGAGGAAGCGUGCCGUGCCCCGUGUUUUGCGCGAGAAUCAACCUGCCAGUAGAACAGAGCAACAGCAGGAGGUUGAGGAUGAAGAGAGAAACGUCAAGAGCAAGAGCGUCAAGGUUGAGGUCACCAUGGAUAACAGCAAUGUCUCAUCCACAGCUGCAACACCAACAUCCACAGGAGGAUCUGACAUGGAGGACGCCGUCGCAGUUGUUGUUCCGUCAUCAUCCCCAGCGUCAACAACAGCAACAUCUUCAGAAGCAGCGGUAACACCAGCACCUCAGCAGCCAUCAGAAGCAGAGCCUAGGGAGCGGAUCGACCCUAAGAACAUCACGGUGACAAAGCUGCCUGUGGAGCAGCGCGGCCAUACCUCCUAUCUUAUGUUUGCCACCUUUACCCCCGCUAUCCAACGCCCAAAUCUCACAAAGCAGAACGCGGCCUCAAAAAAGUAG